AUGGAUGCCAUGCCAUGUCGAAAGAAGGACAGUAUGUCCAAGCAACAACAACCUCGAAAGAAAAAGACAGUGACGAAGAAGAACCAAUCGGGCACGAGACGAUCUCGUCGGGAUAGUAAUUGCAGUCAUGGCACCGGGCUGGACGUGGACGCACGUCGACCAUCCAUUGCAUUGGCUUCCAGUCUCUUGCCACACAUGGCAUCGUCAUUGUCUUCCAGUCUCUUGCCACACAUGGCAUCGUCAUUGUCUUCCAACAUUCAUUUGCGUCUUUUUCGCAUUCUAAACGAAGCCAAUGCACCGGUACUGGCAAUGGAUGCAACGGGUUGUGUGACGUUUUGGAACCAGCAACUCACGCAGCUCUCGGGGUUGCUAGCGGUCGACGUGAUUGGUCGUUCAAUGACGGAGCUGGUCACGGCCGAGAAGACGAUAGAAGUGACACGUGGACUGGAACAAGCUCUUGCUGAUAUGGACGUGACGGUGCGGGACGUGGAGAUGGAGUUUCAUACACCGAAACGUGGACGCAACUUGAAGCUGCUUGUGAAUUUGACGGUCGACGUGAAAGACAAUAACGUGGCUGGUAUCGUGGCUAUCGGACAGGAUAUUACGGAAUCGACAGGACGAGCGACACAGAAUGAUCAAGUGGAUCAACAAGCCAAUGCUCCGGUUGUAGAACUGGAUCGAGAUGGACAUAUUCUUGUAUGGAACGACAAGGCCGAAGCAACCACAGGGUACGCUAAUAACCAGGUUCUAGGCACACCACUCGUUGACCUGGUGCAAGAAGACUACCGUGAGCUUGUUAGUAAACUCUUGACGCGCGUUGCAUCGACCAACACGUCUGUUUCCAAGUGCGAGCUGCCGUUAAAGACGGCUGGCGGCGCAUGCGUAGAGCUUCUGCUGAGUCUCACGCCGCAGGUCAGCGAUGAUGGAGCUGGCUCAACUGUCGACCGCAUCGUGGCGAUUGGACAAGAUGUGACAGCGCGUAACGCGAGUGAAAUGGAGUAUAGCAAGCUGGUGGAUUCCGCUAACGCACCUAUUUUCGGUGUAGACGCAGAGGGUUGCAUUGUGAUUUUCAACAAGAAGGCUGCACAGAUAAGUGAGUACUGGCCCGGCGAGGUCAUGGGCGUCGAUUUGGUGUCGUUCUUGAUCCACGAAGACUACCGAGAGGAUGUGGCAGCAGUUUUCCAGAAAGCGCUACGCGGUGUCGAGACUGCAAACUGUGAGUUUCCUCUGAUCACUAAACACGGUCGGAAGGUGGAAAUACUGCUGAACGCUACACCGCGCUACAAUGAUGCCGGAGCUAUUGUCGGCGUAGUCGGCAUAGGCCAAGACAUUACGGAACGAGUCGUGCAGGAGCAAGAGUACACACGUCUCAUUGACACGGCAAACGCACCCAUCGUAGGUGUGGACAAGGAGCUUUGUGUGACGAUAUGGAAUAAGAAAGCGGCGACCAUUACUGAUUAUUCGCAUGUGCAGGCAAUUGGCAAGAAUCUCCUUGGGUUUAUUGCACAACAUGCGCGCGACACUGUAGCAGAUGUGCUUUCUAAAGCAAUGUGUGGUAUUGAGACUGCGAACUUUGAGUUUCCUUUGAUGACGAAAAGCGGGAGACAGCUAGACAUCCUGCUGAAUGCUACACCGCGCUUUGACCACAGCGGCAAUAUCACUGGUAUGGUGGGAAUCGGACAAGAUUUUACUGAUCAACGCGCACAAGAGGAAGAGUACAUUCGACUGAUUGAUACGGCUAAUGCGCCAAUUUUUGGCAUUGAAAUGGGAGGUCGUGUGGAUAUCUGGAAUCGAAAGGCUGUGGCUAUUACGGAGUACACAGUGCUGGAGGCACGAGGAACUCGGCUAGUUGAAAGCUUUAUUCCACUCGACUACCGUGCUGGAGUGGCAGAAGUGAUGUCGAAGGCCAUGGAGGGGGAAGGCACAGCAAAUUUUGAGUUUCCGUUGAUUACGAAAACUGGUCGACGCGUCGAUAUACUGCUGAAUGCGACACCGCGUUACAAUCAGCACGGUGACAUUGUGGGCGUUGUUGGUAUUGGCCAGGAUAUUACUGAGCGUAUUGUGCAAGAGCAAGAGUAUAGUCGUUUGAUCGACACAGCUAAUGCACCCAUUUUUGGUGUCGACAUGGCUGGCCUUGUAAAUAUUUGGAAUGACAAGUCCGCGGAGAUCACGCAAUUUACAGCUGACGAGGUCAUUGGAAAGGACUUGGUGCAAGAAUUUAUAUCGGAGGGCUACCGCCCUGCCGUGGGCUUGGUGUUGUCACAGGCAUUGAAUGGUGUCCAGACUGCCAACUUUAACUUUCCCCUUAUUACCAAAUCCGGGCGCCGCGUUGAGAUUUUACUGAAUGCCACUCCACGAUACAACGAAUUGGGUGAGAUUGUCGGUGUAGUGAGUAUUGGUCAGGAUAUUACAGAGAGAAUUGCCCAGGAACACGAGUACAGCCGGCUAAUCGAUACUGCCAACGCCCCUAUUUUUGGAGUUGAUAGCGAAGGCCGUGUAAAUAUCUGGAACAAGAAGGCAGCAGAGAUUAUGCAAUAUUCUACUGAUGAAGUUUUGGGGGAAAACUUGGUGGAACAAUUUAUUACGGAAGAUUACCGUGAGGCUGUCGGUGCAGUUUUGUCUAAGGCUCUUGAUGGAAUCGAAACAGCAAACUUUGAGUUCCCUCUGGUCACAAAAGCAAACCGCCGAGUUGAAAUCUUGCUCAAUGCCACACCUCGGUUCAAUGAACAUGGGACGGUUAUUGGCAUGGUAGGUAUUGGCCAGGACAUUACGGAUCGUAUCGCCCAGGAACAGGAAUAUGCACGAUUGAUUGAGAAGGCAAAUGCUCCAAUUUUUGGUGUCGACUCACAAGGUCUGAUCAAUAUCUGGAACCACAAAACGGCUGAAAUGACGCGAUUCUCAAAGGAAGAAGCAGUAGGCAAGGACUUGAUGAGCUGGGCGAUUCCGGAAGAGUACCGCGACGCUACAGAAACUAUCUUAUGGAAGGCCCUGGAGGGCGAUGAAACAUCAAAUUUUGAUGUCGAAUUGAAGAAAAAGAAUGGUCGCACUGUAAAUAUUCGAAUGAACGCGACUGCAAGGUUUGACCAGCAUGGUGAAAUUGUGGGCGUAGUUGGCAUUGGUCAGGACUUGACUGAUCGCAUUGUGCAGGAGCAAGAGUAUACACGUCUGAUUGAUACAGCGAACGCGCCGAUCUUUGGCGUAGAUGCAAACCUCUGCGUAAACAUCUGGAACAAGAAAGCUGCUCAGAUUACCAAAUACUCUACGGCAGAAGUCAUCGGCGAGAACUUAGUGGAAACGUUUAUUUCGCCAGAGUAUCGUCCAAUUGUCGCGGACGUAUUCACCAAAGCUCUGAAUGGUAUUCAGACUGGGAAUUUUGAGUUUCCAUUGAUCACACGGCCUGGUACGCGAAUUGAGAUUCUUUUAAACGCGACGCCACGAAAUGACAUGCAUGGUAAUAUUGUUGGUGUAGUGGGCAUUGGUCAGGAUAUUACUGACCGCAUUGCGCAGGAACAUGAAUACUUUCGAUUGAUUGAUACGGCGAAUGCUCCCAUUUUUGGUGUUGACACUUUUGGGUGCAUUAAUGAAUGGAACCAAAAGAUUGAGGAGAUUACGGGAUUCCACAAGUCGACGGUUCUGGGUCUAUCGUUGGUGGAUGCAUUUAUUAAUGUUGAAAACCGACCGGAAGUACGCAAACUGCUGAACCAGGCAUUAAUUGGCAUUGAUGUUGGGGAGAUGGAACUACCCAUGACGACUGUAGCUGGACAAUCAUUGCUAUUGCUCGUCAAUGCCUCCAGUAAGAAGGACAUGCACGGGAAUAUUCGUGGUGUGAUUGGAGUGGGUCAAGACUACACUGCGAAGAAACACAUGGAAGCGGCCAAGGUGAACUUCCUGGCUUCCUUCAGUCACGAGCUAAGAACACCUCUGAACGGCGUGUUGGGUAUGCUGGAACUACUGCGCGAUCAAAAGUUGGACAAGACGCCUGAACGCUACGUGCACAUUGCGUACAUUUCCGGGUCACUGCUGCUAAACUUAAUCAAUGACAUCCUCGACUUGUCAAAGAUUGAAGCCGGGCACAUGGAGAUCUCAGCAGAUUUGUUCCAAAUGCAAGAUCUACUGGAGUACUCGGUGGAAAUUUUUAAGUUUAAGGCUCGUGAAAAGCACAUCAAGCUUACAUUAGAGUGCUCUCCGAAAGUGCCGAAGCAAGUAGUUGGUGAUGUUAGUCGACUUCGGCAGGUGCUGCUAAACUUGUUAUCGAACGCUAUCAAGUUCACGAACGAAGGAUCAAUCACAGUUCGCUGCAAUUUGGUACCAUCACCAGACCUUUCGAAGGAUUGUGUGAAGCUAUUGUUCCAAGUCAUUGAUACUGGUGUCGGCAUGGACGAUGAGGAAAAGUCACGGUUGUUUUCGUUAUUCACAAAGCUUGAACGUACACGCAAGAAUAAUCCUACGGGCUCUGGGUUGGGACUUGCAAUCUGCAAACAGCUUGUGGAGCUUAUGGGCGGUGGUAUUGACGUUGACAGUGAACUGGGAGAGGGCUCAGAGUUUUUCUUUACUGUAGUCGUAGGUCGGGUUGGUGAUGAAGACGAAGGUAUUGUCCAAAAGUUCCCAGCUAUUUUGGCUGCUGAUUCGAGCCUUGCACCCUCUCUAGCGUCCAGUACUGCAAGACAAAACGCGGAAUUAGUGCCGGAGCAUGCUCGUAUAUUGGUGGUGGAAGACAAUGAAUUCAACUGGGAAGUUGUCAAGAGCUUCUUUAUGGAAGACAAUCACUUUUUGCAAUGGGAGACAAAUGGUCUAGAUGCGUAUCAGAUGUACCAGGAGCAUCAUUGUUCGUAUGACAUCGUGCUAAUGGACUGUGAGAUGCCAAUCAUGAAUGGGUACGAAUCCACCCGAAAUAUUCGCAUAUUUGAAAAGCAGCACGAUCUUCCCCGUAUUCCUAUCAUUGGCGUCACAGCGUAUGCUAUGAGUGGUGAUCGGAAAAAGUGUCUUGACGCCGGAAUGGAUGAGUUUAUUGUCAAACCUAUCUCGAAAAAUGAGCUGCGCAAGGCAAUCCGAAAGUGGAUGAUUGUACGCUACUCGGGUCAACAUUGUCCCCGACCAUCAGGAAUAGAGUCUCUCGAUAUUAUUGUCGAUGCGUCAUCCAACCAAAAUGCCGCCAACUUGGUGGCGGCGUCGAAGCACAAGGAGAAGCUUGAUCUGGAUCGGGCCAUUUCGGACCUAGAACUGGAGGACCCGAUGAUGAUCGGUCAGGCUGGUGGAAUUCAGACAGCAGCAGGCUCGGAGGCAUUGCUAAUGUCGCUCACUACUAUCAGUGAGAGCCGAAGUAACCAGUCAGCAAGUUCGGGGACCCUCGGACGCACAAUUGGACCGGCGGAUACUCAUUCAUCGGUGAUCGUGAUGUCCAAAUCGACGGAACAAACGAUUCGGUCCGUGGUGCAUCGUGAAAAUCUCGUGAAUGCUUCAAGCAUUGUUGGUACGAAUUUGUUUGCUGCAGCAAAUGCAGCUGGAAUCUAUCCUAUGCAUGUGACUGAAGUUGCGCCGCAGUCGUCAUCGUCAGAUGACAGCAAUGGUCAGCAAGAGGCUGAUGAAAGUGCAAUUAGUUCGACAAUUGUGACAAGCAAAGCUUCCCAAGCAGCUUUGUUAUACUCUACAACCAUGGCGCCUGAAGAUGUUGUGAUUCCAAGUGGUGAUCCGAUCGACUACGCUCUUGGUGUCGAACAAUGCGGUACUAGCGAAAGCUUGUUUAUGAGUCUGCUUGAGAAGUACGCGGGGUUGAGCGAGGAGUUUAUGAAACGUAUCGAGGAUGCUUAUUCCAUGAGUGAUUUCGUUGUGCUUCGACGCGAAAGUCACUCCCUCAAGGGAUCUUCAGCGUAUGUUGCAGCUAUGCGUGUUUCCAAGGCAGCAUUCCGUGUACAACUAGCCACUGAGCACGUGAUGGAGAAAACCGCUACCGAGGAGAACCAUACUUCUUUGAAGGACGCGUUCCAGCUUUUAAAGAGAGAGCAUCGUGCUCUACGUGGCUAUCUUCGACGUAACUUUUCCUUCCGCACGAGUACUGCUGGUGGAAAUCAAGACACAAAACAGAUGAGUAAGGGAGGAGGAGGAGAUAACGCUUGCGUUAUCAUGUAA